AAUAUUGUACACACCCUUUUGUUUUGGAAAAGGUUGAAAUUAGAUGUGUAUUUACUGCUGACGUGCACCGUAAACAAUGGAGCUUAAACCGGUGGACACUAAACCGGCGGUUGAAACCAUUUUUGUUCCUGGAUGUCCAAACAUUAAGACGCAGGUGUCUGAUCGAAAAACAGUGAAACAACAAAUUUUUGUUGCAAAUUUACCAGUAAUAACAGAGUCGGACAUUCUACCCAAAACUGAACGCUCAUCAGAUAAUGAUUGCGAACAACAGAAUACUGAAUUAUUAAGUCAGGAUAAUAGCACUAGUAGCUGUGAAGAUUUUGAAGAAGAGCUAAAUAAAAAUCCAAUUCGUAUCACAAACAAAGCAAAUGAAAACCCCAAAAAGCGUAAAAGAGCAUCCGAAAAAGUCUUAAUAGAUCCCAAGUUCGUUUGCAAAAUCUGUUCAAUGGGAUUUCAGCGUGCUAGCAACUAUACAAUUCAUAUGAAAAAAAAGCAUAAAAUUGUUGGAGUAGCAACUCCUUACAGUUGUCCCAAUUGUCCUCGAAAAUACGAAUUUGAGUACGAAUUGAAACGUCACAUGCAAAAGUAUCGGCCGCUUGAAGAAAGACUAAUUUUUCCUUGCUCACACUGUGAUAGAAAAUUCCAAACAAGAGUUCAUGUGGCUCGGCAUAUCAAAUUUGUUCACGAAAACAUACGUCCGUUCAUUUGUGAAGAAUGUGGCGAAGCUGUACAUACAAGAACAACCCUACGGGAACAUAUGCUCACACACACGGACUACUCGCCAUUUGAAUGUAAAGAAUGUGGAAAGUGUUUUAAACAAAAACAACGACUGAAAAGACACAUGGAUAUUCAUGGGGAAAAACAUAUUUGUACAAAAUGUGGCAAGCAAUUGAGUUCUAAGUGCACACUUAAUAAACAUUUACUGGUUCAUUCAGAAGGAAAGCCGCACAAGUGUAAAUAUUGUGGACGUGCUUUCAAGCUGACCAAAACUCUGAAAGUACACUUAAAUACUCAUACGGGCGAUAAGGUGUAUGCAUGUGAUUUUUGCGAUAAAACAUUUUCUGCUCCUUCGAGUCGACGUCAACACAAAAAGAAAAAACAUCCAGAGAAAUUGCUUGAGCUGGAAGCGUUGGCAGCAGAAAACGUUGAAAUAAAAGAUGCACCCAGUUUAGACACAUUACAGGCACUAUGUGUUCCCAAAAUGACGGUAGAUUCUCCUGUCAACAAACUACCAGAAUCCCCAAAUGAUUGUUUUUAUAUAGAAAAUGUUAAAAUGCUAAUUGAUGUUGAUUGAUUUGUCGUCAAAUAUUAAUCAACCAGCAGCAUGUUACACUACAUAUAAUACAAGCCCAACAACGUUGUAAUGCAAGCAGAAUACCAGAAUAUAUAUUAAGGAAUAUCACUGGCCAAGUUCUCGAGCUGAUGAAUUUCGAAUUUAUUUUGAAUUUCUAAUUGCGCGUUAUCGUUAACAGUACUUAUGUGCAAACGGAAGUGGAAUUGAUAAUAUCUGUAAAAUAUUGAGCUAAUUUCGUAAAAAUAAAUUAAACAGUGAGGAAACGUGAA